UCUGGAGCCUGGAGCUUCACCAGUCUUCAGAUCUACUGUCUGCUCAACACCCUGCAGUGGUCACAGCUGUUGGUCUGAAGUACAGCAGUCUGGAGGGAUUUACGCCUCAGUGGAGAGAGAUAGAUGCUAUUUACUGCUACCCGGUUUACUUUAACUGUGGAGAAGUCCUGUCCCAGGAGCAGAAGAGGAAAAUUACAAAGUAUUUCCAGAACAAACGCAGAUCAGGUGGAGGAGAGUGUUCGCCUGUGGAGGAAGUUUCAGGAAACACCUACAGGACUGCUCUCAGACAUCGAGAAGAUCAACAGUCGGUGCUGCAGCGGACACAGCACGUCGUACAGCUUAUGGAAGGUCGUCUGACAUUGACUGUCAAGGAAAGUCUGGACCCUCAAAGCUCUGGACACACCUCCACUUCCACCACCUCCACCUUCUCCUCCUCCUCCACCUCCUCCACCCGUCCAGCCCAGGUCUUCCGGUCUGCUCAGGAGGAGAUUCAUCAGAACCAGGAUCAAGGUCAAGAGUCAAAGCGGAUCGUCCUGCUGGGAAAAACUGGCAGUGGGAAAAGCAGCCUCGCUAACAUCAUACUUGGAGAGAACUUGUUCACUGUACAUGAUUCUUCUGUUUCUGGAACUGCCACAUGUCAAUCUGAAACCAGAGAUGUCGGUGACAGAAAGAUCACUUUGGUCGACACGCCUGGUUUGUUUGAUACAGAAAGGUCAGAGGAGGAUUUGAAGCCUGAGAUCAUAAAGUGCAUUACAGAGUGUGCUCCUGGAAUUCACGCCUUUCUCAUCGUGCUGAAAGUUGAGAGAUUCACAGAGCAGGAGCAAGCCGUCAUCAGCAAAAUAUGUGAAUAUUUCUCUGAAGACGCUCUGAAAUACGCCGUGGUCGUCUUCACUUUUGGAAAACAGCUUCGUAAUGGGAUGAAAAUUGAGGAGUUCGUCAGUAAGAAUCCAAAGCUGAGAGACCUGGUGAACAGGUGCGGCGGCCGUUGCCACGUCUUUGAUAACGAAGACUGGAACGACAACGCACUGCAGAACGACUACAGGAGCAACCAUUUCCAGAGGGAAGAGUUACUGAAGACCAUCGACAAGCUAACGGUGGAAAGAAACGGCCAAUGCUACACCAACGACCUGCUGAAAGCUGUGGAGAGAGAAAUCCAGAGAGAGGAGGAGCACAUCAGGCAGUCAUCUCCAGAAGACCUGCCACCAGAGGAGAUCAGAAACCAGGCCAAACGCCAAGUGGGAAACAGAUUUCUGAUUGAACUGGCCGGAGUUACAACGGGGGUUUUGUUGGGAGCUUUGUUUGGCGUCGAGGCUCUGGUUAGAGCGGUUACAACAGUUGUCAGAAAAACGUCUCAAACACAAAAUCUUGAGACUACGGUCAGAAGGUUAACAGGAGUGCUUGCAGCAGCAGCAUAUACAAAAGUGGGCAGGAUGGCAGAAGAGAAAGUGUCAGUAGCUGUCCGAGUGGCAGCGGUUACAGGUGCAGUUGCCGCGGCUGCAGCAGGAGGCGUCAUGGGCGGUGUUAUUGGCCAUGAAGCAGCUCAGGAAGCAGAAACAAUGACGGAUGCAAUGAAAAAUGCAGCAAAAGCUUUAAAAGAAAGAAGAAGUUUAAGGCUGCAAGAAAACACAUUUCAGUCACUCACAUAAAAUAAUACUUAUCGAUGGGGUAAGUAAUACACUUCUAACAGAAAGUGGUUAAUGCAGCAGUCAUAGAUAAAUGUGUGUUUUAAUGAUGUGUGUUUGAUUAUGAGAUGUAAAAUAAUCCCAAUGUUUAAUGGAAUCGCACACUUGAGGGCACAGCAGUAAACUACAUUUUGCUUCGUUAUCGACAUGUUAAAGUCCCCAGAACUGGAUUCCUAAAUUUUAUAAAGGUGUGCAUGAACACUGUGUGAAUGAAGUGAAUCACAACUGAAGCAGCGAACAACCUGAAACCCAACGGUGUCAACGUGUGGUUGUUGUACAGUUGAAGUAAAUUGUGAAAAUCAGCUAUUAAGGCUUAGCUGAGUCUGACAGAGCAUCUAAAACAAUCCUCAUUUCUGUGUUAGGACACACAGCAGUUCAGUGAACGAGUCAUUCAUUUGAACGGAUCUUUUAAGUGAAAGAGAGCCGGUUCUCGGCUGUCUGAGAGCCGUUCCUAUGUCCAAACUGUCCCGGCGUCCUUCACGUGUCUCCUGUGUGCCUGAUGAGUCCGAGCUGUCAGCGCUGCCUUCAUGUGAGCGACUGACCACGUCUCUGAGUUUCAGUUUUCCACAGCACGCUCCAGUCAGGACUGAGAAGCGGUCUCAACCCAUUCUGGACCAUGCUGGUGUACCGGUGACCUGCUGCUCAAGCGAGGAGGAGAAGGAUGGCACCGCUUCUGGGGAUGAUAAAAUAUUUGUUAAGACCCCAGUGGCUUGCUGCAGGACACCAGAGUCCUCUCCAUCUGCCACGAUGACUAUGACCUGAACAGGACCCGCCCACUGGAGCUUCUCAGCCAAUCACAGCACAAUAAAUGAUGAACUUCCUUUUCCACUAUACUCACUCACACACAUCCCUACAUACAUACUUCUCUUACGUGCAUAUAUUUUCUUUGUACAUAUGUGUGAAGCUCACAAAAUAUGUGUUUUGUUGAGAUUAUUACUUUUUGUUUCCUUUCCUCCCAUUACAAUGGUAUUUUACUUUAAUCUGAUGGAUUCCUGAUGAGAGACAGAUUGAAGUGUACAAUGAUAUGCUGUUCUCCAAAUGGACACAGGGGGGCAGCACCCUCCAGUAUUUGUCAUUGUUCACAGUGUCAAAGUAAUUCAUCAUAGCUGCAAAUGAGAUUUAUUCUUUUUAUGAAGUGAUCGCUUAAAAAAUGUGUCAUUAUGAAAAGAAGCACUCCUUCAAUGGGAGGACAAAGAUGUUAAAGUGUUUAAAAGUCGAAGUGCAAACAUGAUUGAUGGCAGAAAAUGUGAUUUAAAGAGAAAAUGUGUGUCUGGGUUCCGUCCGAGUUUUUAUAAGUUAAUGUUUGAACAAUAUGUCAAUAUCAUCUGGAGAUAUUUGUGUGAGAAGAAAUAUGAAGAAAAUAUGGCUUCAUGUUAUCCAAAGGUGGAUAUUACCUGUGCUUUAAUACCCAGCAGAUAGAAUAACAGAAAAUCAAUCAUUAAUGCAGUUACAGAGUUAAGAUGAAGAUGUUAAUAAACAUAAUCCGGAUGGAUGGAGAAUGAGCAACAGUUGUCCUGCGUCGCUGAUUUCUCUGUAAUAUUUUCAACAUUUCCAGAGCGCUCCUUUCUAAGGAUUAUCCAUAUAUCUUCCAGCGGAGACUGAGCUGGGACCCGCUACAUAUGCAAAUAUGCCUGUUUAUUUAGGAGAAUGUAUGCAUGUGAAAGCAGAAUAUAUGUUUGAAAAGACAUUGGCCUUAUUUUUUUUAAAUCAAAAUUUGUUUUUAAUUGUCAAAUAAUCAAAAACAUUUGAAGCUGGCAGGCAAUAGACUUACAUAGAGC